GGACGGGGCGGAACAAGCGGCCGUGCGUGCAGUCAUGUGAGGAACACAAGAUGGCGGCCGGGGCGGCGGGGAUGAAGGAAGACUUUGAGAUCAUCGACAAAACGCAGGUACCUGACACAGCCGAGCUGAGAAACGUGGACAAAGAAAAGGAGGAAGCGAAGUGGUCUGCGCCCAUCUUGUCGCUGGCAAAGAAAGCCUCCGAAAACCUGGCGCUGAGCUACGGCAGCGCUCUGAAGUCUGCGGCUUCGGUAGGACUCAUAUCCAAAGCAGUCAGCAAUGACAGCACAGCGAAGACAAACACGGCUGCGAGGUACCACGGCAUGGAGGAGAGAGCCAACCUCAUGAACAUGAUGAAGCUGAGCAUCAAAACCCUCAUCCAGUCGGCACUGAGCCUGGGCCGCACGCUGGACUCGGACUUCCCUCCCCUGCAGCAGCUGUUCGUGGUGCUGGAGCACUGCCUGAAACACGGCCUGAAAGCCAAGAAGACCUUCAUUGGACAGAACAAAUCAUUCUUUGGUCCUUUGGAGCUGGUGGAAAAGCUUUGUCCUGAAGCGUCGGAUAUAGCAACUAGUGUUAAGAAUCUGCCAGAGCUGAAGACUGCUGUAGGAAGAGGAAGGGCUUGGCUUUACCUGGCACUCAUGCAAAAGAAACUGGCGGAUUAUCUGAAAGUGCUUUUGGACCAUAAACAUUUAUUAAGUGAAUUUUAUGAACCUGAUGCGUUGAUGAUGGAGGAGGAGGGAGCAGUCAUUGUGGGUCUCUUAGUUGGACUGAAUGUUAUUGAUGCCAACCUUUGCUUGAAAGGAGAAGACUUGGAUUCCCAGGUUGGAGUGAUCGAUUUUUCCCUGUACCUUAAGGAAACACAAGACAGUGAUGGCAAACAAGAUGGAGGCAUUACUGCUGUCCUUGACCAGAAGCAUUAUGUAGAAGAACUGAACCGGCAUCUAAGUUGCACAGUCACAGAUCUUCAGAACAAAAUAGACUGCUUAGAAAAGACCAACUCAAAGCUGCAGGAAGAGCUUGCAGCAGCAACUGACCGGAUUGGAUCACUUCAGGAAGAGCAGCAGCAGUUAAAAAAACAAAAUGAAUUAAUUCGUGAACGAAGCGAAAAAAGUGUCGAGGUAACAAAAGAGGAUACAAAAGUAGAACUGGAUACUUACCGGCAGUCCCGGCAGGGCCUGGAUGAAAUGUACAGUGAUGUCUGGAAGCAGUUGAAAGAAGAAAAAAAAGUUAGGCUGGAACUGGAGAAAGAACUGGAGCUACAGAUUGGAAUGAAAACAGAAAUGGAAAUAGCCAUGAAACUUCUGGAAAAAGAUACUCAUGAAAAACAAGAUACGUUGGUUGCACUUCGCCAACAGUUAGAAGAAGUGAAAGCAAUUAAUUUGCAGAUGUUUCACAAGUCCCAGAACGCAGAGUCUUCUUUACAACAGAAAACAGAAACAAUAUCUUCUUUUGAAGGAAAAACGAGCGAGAUGAUGUCUGCUAUGAAACAAAUGGAAGAGAGAUUGCAGCAUGCAGAAAAGGCAAGGCAGGCUGCAGAGGAAAGAUGCAACAAGAUGAAGCAGGAGCUCGCCAGCAGACUUGGCACCUGUCAGCAACAGAUGUCCCAGCUGGAUGGCAAAUGCUCAACUCUGGAAAAGGAAUUAAAAGCUGAAAAGGAACAGAGGCAGACUUUGCAAAGAGAACUGCACCGAGAGAAGGACGCUGCCACUCUGCUUAAAGCAGAACUGGAACAAAUGGAAGGACUGAAAAAGGAGCUGAGAAAACUGCAAGAGGAGAAGCAGCAGCUGGAGAAAGUCUGCGAGGAGCAGGAACAAGCUCUGCAAGAAAUGGGGCUUCAUCUCAGCCAAUCUAAGUUGAAGAUGGAAGACAUUAAAGAAGUAAACAAAGCACUAAAGGGUCACACCUGGCUGAAAGAUGACGAAGCAACACACUGCAAGCAGUGCGAAAAGGAGUUCUCUAUCUCAAGAAGAAAGCAUCACUGCAGAAACUGUGGGGACAUCUUCUGCAACUCCUGUUCCAGCAACGAGCUCGCACUGCCCUCCUAUCCCAAACCUGUCCGUGUCUGUGAUACCUGUCACACCUUAUUACUGCAGCGGUGCUCAUCCAAUUCCUCCUAAGCCUUUGGUAACCUCAGAGGGACCAACUCAGCACUGGAAAAGUAGCCAUCACUAUUCUGAACUCCAGGCGCCUUUGCAGCAGGGUCUGCUCUGUUCUCCAUCGUUGGGACGGGUCGGUAUCAAAGAAUGGUGGGGGCAAUGCAAGUGGAAUAACUCUAAUUGUAUUACCUGAGCUCCAUUCAAGUUCUAUUUGAAACUAAAACGCAAAUCCAUUUGCUGAUUUUUUUAUACACAAGAUAUUUGUAUUAAUAUUUGUAUAUGGGAUUUCUAGUCACUCCAUCCCUCUAGAAGUUACUUCUCUGUACAUUAACUUCAGUCCCUCUGUAUCCUCACUGUAGGCAUUCCUGUUACGAUGGCUAACGUACAGUUCUGUAUUUGAGCUAAGAAAAGGAAUGUUCACUUACUGUCUAUGGAAAGAGCUUUAUGCGUGUCCAUGAAUGUGCCUUCCGUAUAAUUCAGAAUAAAAAUCACACCCGAACACUGGUUCUGGAGGUAGCUGUGAGCACAGUGUGGUAGCUGCACAAUAAAAGCCUUUUGCAGAAAGAA